UUGGAUAGAAGCUUCCCACCCAUUCACAAGUCGUCUGUCACGGAACAGGAAUCCUUUAUACGGAGUAGCAUUUAGACUUGAAGAGACAACAGUUCUGUCCAUGCUGCAGAGUGGUGCGGCUCUUUAAGCAGCGGUUAACUGCCAGGAGAUGUUAAGAACGUCGCGCUUCGCCAAUAGAGCUCGUCAAGGCUUUUGCACUGAUUUGUGAGUAGCAUCUCUGUGGUGCUCCUGUUCAUCGACGCUAGGUGUGAAAAGUCAGUGUCAUGACUGGAACUGAGACUGAGGAUGAUAUUCCAUUAGGUGAAAGGAAGACUGUCACAGAUUUCUGCUACCUCCUGGACAAGUCCAAACAACUCUUCAAUGGGCUACGAGACCUUCCUCAGUAUGGACACAAGCAGUGGCAAUCCUACUUUGGACGGACUUUUGAUGUCUACACUAAACUAUGGAAAUUUCAACAGCAGCACAGGCAGAUUCUGGACAGUCGGUAUGGCUUGAAGAGAUGGCAAAUUGGGGAAGUUGCAUCCAAAAUUGGACAGCUUUACUACCAUUACUACCUUCGUACCUCAGAAACAAGUUACCUGAAUGAGGCGUUUUCAUUCUACUCAGCCAUCCGUCAGCGAUCCUACUAUUUUCAGGUCAAUAAAGAGGACAGGCCAGAAUUAGUAGUGAAGAAGCUUCGAUAUUAUGCUCGCUACAUAGUUGUCUGUUUACUGCUGAACAAGAUGGACCUUGUCAAAGUUUUGGUUAAGGAGUUAUCUGAGGAAAUUGAAGAUUACACACAGCGAUUCAACACAGAAGAUCAGUUGGAGUGGAAUCUAGUUCUACAGGAAGUGGCAGCUUUUGUGGAGGCAGAUCCAGUGGUAGUACUGAAUGACAACAAUUCUGUCGUCGUCUUCAGCAAUCGGAUGCUGGAAGGAAGUGCACCUCCAUUGGAACAAGGCAUGGUGGUUGGCCAGCUCAUCCUUGCAGAUGCGUUGAUCAUCGGCAACUGUAACAACCAGGUGAAGUUCAGUGAGUUAACCAUUGAUAUGUUUCGCAUGCUACAAGCUUUGGAGAGGGAACCUAUUAACCUAGCUACACAGACCUCCAAACAAGGAACACUGGAACCCAAUGAGAAGCCAGCUAAACGAGAAAACCCUCACAAGUAUUUGCUGUACAAGCCAACAUUCAGCCAGCUUUUUACUUUUUUGUCUGCCUCUUUUAAGGAAUUGCCUGCCAACAGUGUUCUGCUUGUUUACCUAUCAGCAACUGGAAUCUUUCCUGCUGGACAUUCAGAUUAUGAAGGACCAUAUGAUUUUGGAGGAGUUCUCACAAAUACAAACCGAGAUGUGGUGAAUGGAGAGACCAUGCAGAAGAGGAAUCAGCUCCAGAAAGAAAUGCACUGCCUUCAUCCAGGGGAUUUAUUCCCUUUUACCCGGAAGCCACUUUUUGUCAUUGUGGAUUCUUCAAAUAGCACAGCCUACAAGAAUUUCACAAAUCUGUUUGGCCAGCCUCUGGUGUGUCUGCUAUCACCUACGGUAUAUCCCAAAAGUGUACAAGAUCAGUCUCAGCGUGGAAGUCUCUUCACUCUGUUCCUCUACAGUCCACUCCUGGCUUUCUCCUCUAUGUGUGGCUUAAACAGUGUGCGACGAGGCCUGUGGGACAGAGCUCAAGAGUUUCUUUGCAAAGUCUACCGUGACAUUGGGCAGAUGAUAAGUAGAUCACGGACCAUAGAUCAAGCCUUUUUGCAAUUCUUUGGUGAUGAGUUCCUUCGACUGCUUCUGGUCCGCUUUGUCUUCUGCUCAGCUGCACUGAGACUGCAUAAACUGUUUCGGGAGUCCCGCAGCUUCCCUGAGUCAUAUCCUGAGCUGCCCAAACAGGACACAGUGGAGAGCAGCCUCUUACAGAAGCAUGUUUUGGAGCUGGCAACCAUGCUGGAUGUGCAGGGUCUGUUUUGGGAUGAUUCACUGGAGACAUACUAACAUUUUCACAAAGGGCAAAAUGGCACAUAUGUACAUACAGACUCAACUGCCAGAGGCCUCAAAGUUGUCCUCUUUUUUACAGGUAAUGGAAUAAUUGAUUCAACACAUACAGGUUAAUGUCCUGCAUUCAAGGGUUAACAAUGAAAGAAAUGUAGUGCAGCAUUAAAAUGCUCAAAUGAGAAAUCCAACGGGUUUGAUAGUGUAAAUUCCCCAAUUUGAGUCUCAUUGGCUUGCCUCAUGAAUGUAAACAAAAUUUAAGACUGAAAGAUGAAUAAGAGAGUAAACAAUGUUUAAGAAAUCACCAAUCCCCCAAAAUGCAAGGUUUAAAACUCACUCCUCAUCAGAACAUUUUAAAGAAGUUUAAAGGGUUGGUUGUGUUUUUGUUUUUGAAGAAACAUUUAUCAUUGGUUACCUGAAUGAAUGUUAUGUAAGCAUAAAGGACAUAGAAUGGAAAAGCUUUCAGUGUGAUUUCAUCAGUCUGCAUGACACCAUAGCAGUCUGUUGAGAAAAGAGAACACAUUGAUAAAUAAAUAUAAAGAACAGAUACAAAACUUGUGCAUCAGAUAUUUUUCAUAACAAGUGUGAUGUUGAGAUAUUAUUCACACACUAGUUAAAAUAUCUCACCAAAAAUGUAAAAUGGAACUAGUUUGGAUUUUUAUAUUUAACAAACAGUGCUAGCUGUAUAACAGCCUUUUUGUGCCAGGGUGCAUGUGGUUGUGUUUGGUUGAUUGUUGUAGGAAACAUUAGUUGUAAAACUAAUUUUGUCAUUUACCAUCAAUCCAUCAUACAUAGUCUCAGCUUUUUUCAUUUGGAAAACUGUAGUUUUUUAAUUUAUUUGAGCACUGUGCUUUAUUUUCAUGCAAAAAGACAAAGAUAUUGUCUCUAACUUUUAAGGAUAUAAAUCAGCUAACAGGCUGUUUCAAAUGGCAUGGUAAGUGAAGCCAAUGCAUGUGUGUUGCAUGGGCCUGAACAUUUAUAGUUGAGUCAAAAAAUAAAGACAGUCUACUUAAAGACAACAGGAGGAGACUGAGUCAAAAAAGUAAUGUGGUAUGCCAACCAACUUUUAUUCACUGAUAACAUGUACCAUUUAAUUUUUCACAGAUAUGACUUGCCAAAACACUAGCCUUCAUGACGGCAGGAUUAUUAUGUGGCCUGUCAGCUGUUUACCUCCUACGGAAUAUAGCCUGCUUCCAAAUUAACUAUAGGCUAUACCAGUCAUUGAUCUGCUGUCAUGUUACCGUUCAUGUGUUUUACUUCUCCACCAUCCAUUAAACCACUGCCUCAAGCUCAUAAAUGCAGCCAACUUUUUUUUGCUGACAAGAAAAAAAUGUGUCGAAAAAAGAGAAAGGCUAGGUGAAGCUGAGGAAGGAAGAACCAGCAACCACUGAAUUCUGUUCAUUUUAUAACUGGGGGGAGGGGACUUGGUAAAGACACUUUGUAGGCCUAUUGGUUCUUUAUUCAGUUGCACACAGCAGCACUGCAGGUAGGUGAUGUGUGAAUCUCUAUGUGGUCAUUUGCACUUUUAAAAUUGUUUUUUUUAUUGUUUUUUUAAUGUGUCCCAGAUACUUUUCCAUUCUAAAUAGUACAUUUGAAAAAUGUUGACAUCCCUAUUAGCCAUAAUAUAGUUUUAAAUACCUUGAAGAAUAAAACACUUCCGCAGUACUUCAUCACAGGUCCUAGUGGUUCCUGGUUGCAAAAACUGAAGGGAUCAGAGGAAAGACAUUUUUUUCUAAACCAGGGUUGGGGAACCAAUGGCUCUUUGAAUUUUUAGAAUAGCCUUUGAUGGACGUACCAAUUUACUAAGCACAUAUAUCACACUCACCUCUUAAGGCAAUGGCUGGAACUGCUUCGCUUUUGGCAAGGUGUCUGAAGUCAGAUUGUAGUGAUGUAAAAAUAAAUGAUCACUAUAGUAGGAUAUCCCAAGAUGGGAUAACUCUCAAGAUGGAGGUUAUUGUAACGACAAGCUCAAUGUUGCUUUGUAGAUUAAUGAUAUUGUGUUGGAGGUUGUCAACUGGUUCCACGUAAAAUGGUUUCACAGAUAUGUACAGCGGGUUAGAGUUAGCCCAAACCCUAACCCCUCACCAAAUGCCUGAAAGAGUUUUGUAAACUCACCAGUAUAUUCAGAUUCCAGAGCAGACUUUUGUUAAUAAAUAAAUAUAUAUAUAUAUAUAUGAUCCUAUGUAACACAGAUAGAACAAUACACUUAGUGUAAGGAGAACCUAAUUAUUACACUGUUCUACACGCUGAAACACACAAACUAAUUUGCACAACUGCUAUCUAAAUCCUUACAUUUCUUGCCUUCCUUAGGUGCGCUAGAUUCCCCUGCUCCCCCUACCUUGGACUUUCAGUGGAGAGACCUGAGGUCAACCUACCCCCUCACCCUUUCCUACUUCUGAAUGUGAGAUCUGCUCAGCAGGCAAAAGUCUGCCUGGCUCAAAAAACUAGAACUAGGGUAUCCAGUUUAACACGGUGACCCAUAUGGUGACAUCAUUGAUGGGACACAUGCAGAACAGAAAAACCUUUACAUGAAUGAAACCCUUUUUUUGCGCCCCGUGCCGCCCUGGCCAGCUUCCCAUGUUGCCCAUAUCUAAGUGUACCACUGCAUCAGAGACCAGAGAGAAAUUUCACCUGUUGUCCUACAGGGUUUUUUGAAUCCACACUGCAACAGUUCUGCAAAACAAACAAAAAAUAAUAGUUUUUCAUUUCUCUAGAAGAGUGCAACUUUUGCAUCUUCUUUUUUGACAGUAACAAUGAUGCUUGUCAUGUAACAUGUAAUGUCAUGUAACAGUGUGUUUCAUUCACCCUGACUGUGACAUGACAAGCUUACACCCUGAAGGACAUGUUAGUCUACUAUUUUGUUAUUUUCUUUUAUUGCUGAAAAAAAUAAUUGCUGUCAUGAGUUGUUAGAUACAAUUUUCUUGCUGGCCAAAUACUGUCUAAACUGAUCUUCUUAAUAUUCUUAAAUAUUGCCAUGCCAAAUUAGAUACUUUGCUUGUGACUAAAGCAUAGUUAUGUUGAGGCAUGGCAUUCACUCAGUGGUGAAAGGUACUUCUCAUAAUUCCCUGGGUUUUAAAAUGACCCAAAAUCUACAGCAUAUCAUCAUCAUUCCUCUGUCCCGUGUCAGUGCUGUUUCAAAAACAUUUGAGUGUAACUUUUGAAAAUGGCACUAUCCCAGCAAGAACUUCCAGAGCACUAGAUCUGGAAGUCUCUGUACUUUUUUAAUGACCCUGAGGUAGAAAAUAGCAUCUCGGUAGAUUGAAUUAGUCUUUUGUCUCACUGGUGCCAAAAUUUAAUUCCUCAUGCAAUUUCACAAUUUCAUAAUUUAUUUUCAAACUCUUAGCUAAAGCACAAACAAAUGGUUAUUGAAGAACAAGUGUACUUGUUAAGUAGUCAUGGGAACAAUGUCUGAAUCAGUUGUAUGCAACUAACAUAAAUACAUUACUACAAUAUUACUAUUGUAUAUUAAAUUGUAUAUUACUACAAUAUUUUAAAGAAAAUGUUAAAUCACCCAGACUGCUUAGAUCUGGCAAUUAUAUGCUUUUGCAUUGGUUUAAAGGGCAUGCAGGUUUCUGACUAGUUAUCAUCAAUAGGUACAUUUUACCCUCCUUUUUUGACUCACAAGCUGAGGGCCUUAAAGACAACAGUGUCAAUCAGCAAAUCUCCAUCAAAUAUUUUCUAUUUUAAAGUUCAAGUUUCAAGCUUUGUUUGUCAUAUGUUUAAAGGAGGGUCAGCAGUACAAUGAAAAUGUUAGAUGAGAAAGACAGGUGAGGUCAGCAGUGCUAUUAAAGCAGAAGAUUUUAUUUAAAUAAAAAAAACUUUAAUAUAAAUAAAAGUCAACUACAAUACUAUACUAUUAAACUAUAUACCUUCAAGAAUGCAAGUGUAAAACCAACUUUGACCCCUACACAGAUAUUUCAACAAGUAUAGGCCAAAAUUGCCAGGAAAUUGCUGAUUCCUCAAGAUUUAGAUACCUGCAUUCACAAUUAGCUCAAGACAAGGAAUCUAAAAAAAACUGGUGUGGGAUUAAAUAAAAAAAAACUACAGUUUAGGAUUGAAUCAAAAAACUACUGUUUGUUCAUGGUGAUGAAGGAACAUGUCACCCAGUGCGUCAGUGUGGAUGGAUCAAUUGAGCUCAAUGGAGUUGGACAUACUCAAGACUUGCUAGAAGGACAUUGUUGGUUAGGUCCUUUAAUGAAAUGUAUGGAUUAAAAAAAAAAAUAGUGUCACCUGACUCAUCCUUGAAAAAAAUUACAUUUUCACAAUUUAGGCCCACAUCUUAGAAUAGAUGAAAUCUAAACUGUCACUACGUUAUAUAAUUUUGCUAAAGCAAUUCACCAGAAAAGAAAGUUUCCUAUGAUUUUAUUUAUGCUCUAUAUUUUAUUGUGUUGCUAGGGAGUUUAUUUGUGGCACCAGUAGGGGUUGUGGUGGUUGAGACUCACCAUUUUAGUGAUGCUGGUAGUGAAAGCAGCUCACAAUGAACUGCCCUUGACCAAGAUAUUCAAAUAAUGAGGCAAUUGAGGAAAAAACUACAUCAGCUUUUAAAGUUGAGUUUGAAUUGACAUGCAUGAUGAGAAUACCAAAUUUCUUUAGUAUUUAUUAUAUUUAGUGACAUUGUUGAGUAAUAAAAAAUAUUAUGUAAAGCAUUUUUUGACACUCAUUUGUUUGUUCAGUAUUUAGUAUUUCUAUAAAAUGUGUAGUGAUUCAUGAUGUUAAAAUUAAGGAGGAGCAAAAUGUUGAUGAGGCCAGACUUUUCUCUGGCAAUUUUUCACAUUCCAAUUUUCAAGAACUAGAAGAAAAUUAAAGAAGAAUAAAUUCUGUUUGUUUUUUGUUUAUAUUCUACAUUUGUCCGGGAAAGUAAGACAUUUCUACUUUUUUCUUCAAUUCUAUUGUAAUAUGAACUUCCACGUUCUACUAUGUUGAUAGUUAUGACCAUUAAGAAAUUGUAGGCUUGCACUUUAUGAAGUUUAAUAUUGUUAUGAUCUUGUUUGUUGUGCUUUAUGGAAAAGAGAUUUAAUUCUUUCCAUGUAAUUGUUCUUCAUGCUAGCCCUUCACACUGGUGAGCUUAUACAAAGAACAAAAGCUCUGUCAGUCAGUGAUAUCAAAGAUUUUCUUGUAGAAGCUUUUCAUCUUCUUAAACAGCUCUUGCCUGAAAUGAAAUGAAAUGAAAUAUGUUGUCUGAUAUCCAAAAAGUAUUGAGAAGGCAGCAAUACUAUGGUCAUUUACAUGGCCAAUGGUGCUCUAAAACAAUGGAGGCUUUGUGGACUUCAAUGCCAGUCAUGGUAUUUCAUACCAAAGGAAUACCUUUUAACAUUUUGACAUAUUUGGGGUUCUAUUGGGAGACAAGAAUAAGCAAAGAAAUAAAUUCAUUUAAAUUGUUGAAUAUUGCAUGUUGUCAAGUUUGUAUGUUAAAUCUCAAAAGCUCAUAUUUAUAUGUUGCUACAUAUUAUUGUAUGUUCCAUGUUGUUGAAUCAAUGAAAAGAGCAAAUAGUGUGGUACAAAUAUGCAUCAUCUAAUGGAUAAUAACUCCAAACACUAAAGUAACAAUGUACUUCAGUUAUAAUAGCAAGUAUAAACAGAAAAUAAAAAAGAUAAUGUCUACCCUCUCUUUAAAACA